AUGACAGUCCAGGACGUUUUGUCCUCUUUAGGAUUAUGGAACAAGCAUGCCAAGUUGUUGUUUUUGGGCUUGGACAAUGCCGGAAAGACAACUUUGUUGCACAUGUUGAAGAACGAUAGAUUGGCUACUUUACAGCCCACUUUGCACCCAACUUCCGAGGAGUUGGCUAUUGGUAACGUUAGAUUCACUACUUUCGACUUGGGUGGUCACCAGCAGGCCCGUCGUUUGUGGAAGGACUACUUCCCAGAGGUCAACGGUAUUGUCUUCUUGGUCGAUGCUGCUGACCCAGAGAGAUUGGCUGAAUCCAGAGCUGAGUUGGAGUCCUUAUUCAAGAUCGAGGAAUUGAACAAUGUUCCUUUCUUGAUCUUGGGUAACAAGAUCGACGCCAGCGACGCUGUCAACGAGUCCGAGUUGAAGACUGCCUUGGGCUUGUAUGGUACUACCGGCAAGGAUGUCGGCAAGUUGGCUGAGAACGUCAGACCUAUCGAGGUUUUCAUGGUCUCUGUUGUUAUGAGAAUGGGCUACGGUGAGGGCUUCAAGUGGUUGUCCCAGUACAUUUAG